GAGGCCGGGAUAGGCCGGCGGCGGAGGGGGCGUCGCCGCGGGAGGAAGACUCGGCUCAGCCAUGGCCGCCGCUCGCGCCCGGGUAGUGCACUUGCUGAGGCUUCUGCAACGCGCAGCAUGCCAGUGCCCGAGUCAUUCUCAUACUUAUUCCCAAGCUCCGGGAAUUUCACCUUCUGGGAAAACAACAGAUUAUGCCUUCGAGAUGGCUGUUUCAACUAUUAGAUAUGGAGCAGGAGUUACAAAGGAAGUGGGCAUGGACCUACAAAACAUGGGUGCUAAAAAUGUUUGUUUGAUGACAGACAAGAACCUCUCCCAACUCCCUCCUGUACAGACAGUGAUGGAUUCCCUAGUGAAGAAUGGCAUAAACUUUAAGGUUUAUGAUCAUGUGAGAGUGGAACCAACUGAUACAAGCUUCAUGGAAGCCAUUGAAUUUGCCAAAAAGGGAGCUUUCGAUGCCUUCCUGGCCGUGGGUGGCGGUUCCACCAUAGACACCUGUAAAGCCGCUAAUCUGUAUUCAUCCAGCCCUGACUCUGACUUCCUAGACUACGUCAAUGCCCCCAUUGGGAAGGGAAAGCCUGUGACUGUGCCUCUGAAACCUCUGAUCGCAGUUCCAACUACCUCAGGCACUGGGAGCGAAACUACCGGAGUUGCCAUUUUUGACUACGAACACUUGAAAGUAAAAACUGGCAUUGCUUCGCGAGCCAUCAAACCCACACUCGGCCUGAUUGAUCCUCUGCACACCCUGCACAUGCCUGGGCGGGUGGUCGCCAACAGUGGCUUCGAUGUGCUCUGCCACGCCCUGGAGUCCUACACUGCCCUCCCGUAUCACAUGCGGAGCCCCUGCCCUUCAAGCCCCAUCACUCGGCCAGCCUACCAGGGCAGCAACCCCAUCAGUGACAUCUGGGCAGUCCACGCACUGCGGAUCGUUGCCAAGUAUCUGAAGAGGGCUGUCAGAAAUCCUGAUGAUCUUGAAGCAAGGUCUAAUAUGCACUUGGCAAGUACUUUUGCUGGCAUUGGCUUUGGAAAUGCUGGUGUUCAUCUUUGCCAUGGAAUGUCUUACCCAAUUUCGGGCUUAGUGAAGACUUAUAAAGCAAAGGAUUACAAUGUGGAUCAUCCCCUGGUGCCUCAUGGCCUUUCUGUGGUGCUCACCUCCCCGGCAGUGUUCACGUUCACAUCACAGAUGCUUCCUGAGCGGCACUUGGAAGUGGCAGAAAUAUUGGGAGCUGACACCCGCACUGCCAGGAGGCCAGAUGCUGGGCCUGUCUUGGCAGACACGCUGCGGAAAUUCUUAUUCGAUCUGGAUGUGGAUGACGGCCUGGCUGCCAUUGGCUACUCCAAGGCCGACAUCCCUGAGCUGGUGAAAGGAACGCUGCCCCAGGAAAGAGUCACCAAGCUUGCACCACGCCCUCAGUCAGAAGAGGAUCUAUCUGCUCUGUUUGAAGCAUCGAUGAAACUGUAUUAAUUUUCAUUUUCACUGAAAGAACUACCCUUGGCCAUCGUAGUUCUGAUAACAGAAGUUGAUCUAGCAAGAAUUUUGUCUUUUCACCUCCACAUAUAACUCCCUCAUUACCAGCUUGAAUGUGAUAUAAAUUUAUCCUGUAGGAGAUUCCCUGAUGCUCCAAAUCCAGCUACUUCCAUAGGGCAGGCUGGACAAACGCCCACCAUGCUGGACCCUCAGACAGACUUCAGGGAUCCAUGUUCCUACCCCAAACCCUGCAGACUGCCCUUGCUCCAUGGAUCAAAAGGGCAAAUACUCAAUAUCUACCAAAAAUGUUAAUGCAUGUACUCUUUGCCCAGUAAUCAACCCCACAUCUAGAAAUAUAUUCUAUAAAAUUCUAGCACAAGUGUGUAAAGAAAUAUGGCAAGAGUGUUUCUGACAGCACAUUUUCUAAUAAUAAAAUAUUUGAAAGAA